AUGAAAGGAUGGAGUCGAUACGUUUCAAGAGAAUUGUGGAUGUUUGUUCUUGAUGAUGAAACCGAAGAAGCCGUCACGACCCAGGAGAGGAAAGUCGAGUGGAGAGGUGGAGAGAAAGAGAAAGACGAAAGUCGAAAGUCGAGUGGAGAGAAAGAGAGAAGACAAAAAGGCACGAUGUAA